AAGUCCAGAUUCGGUACCACCAGUAGAUACCCACUCAACCUCACCAUUGAUUUCCAAUAAACCAAAUGAAGACACAAAGCCUAUGUCGACGAGUAUGCCUGAGCCAAAUAUAAAUACCGUUAAAGUGAUUCUUCCGAAUAUAAAGCAAUUAAAAUACGUUAACAAAGAAGAUAUGGUCAAUACAGUGACCAUUACUUUCAUUACAAAAUCAGUUGAGAUCUAUCGAUGGGUAACCAUAUUUGACCAGAAGUUCCGUAACUUUACCUGUAGUUGCAUCGAUUCCGAAAGGAAUUGGUGUUCAAUCGACCGGAUGUUCCGCAAACUUCUGUUUUGCCAAUCAAUGAACCGAUUGCCCCAACCGUUACCCCAACUCCAGUGGAAAUGGCAUCAAAAGAACCGAAGACUUUGA